UGAACUUAUUUAAAUUCAUUUUAUUUUUAUUUAUUCUUUUUUCAGACGAUUUUAUCUUCUAUUUUUAGACAUGUUUACUACUUCUUGAUUCAGGAGCUUGGUAGCAAAUUUUAAUUUCCCUCCGGGGAUUAAUAAAGUGAUUCUGAUAAAAUAAUUGCUAGUGUGUAUGAAAAAGGCUUUGGAUGGAAUGUCUUAGCUAUUGGACAAAAUGGUCAUUGGAUGAAGUGUCCUGAUCCCCUUGUCUCCUCUCUGUACUAAGCCUCAGAGUUUCCUCUUUCUGAAUCACGGACAGAAUCCUAAAAAAUCGGAACAUGCCACGGUCACUGUUGUGACCACAACCAGAUACAGCACAGAGAUAAGGCAGAGCUAAAAGAACACUUAAAGCAGUGGAAAAACAAAGAGAGUUGUGCACAUGUGACUAUGUUUUGUAUGGAAUGUUGCUUGAUCCCACAUUUGUAUUUCCACCAACAUCCAGGUUUCUAUUUUGCUUUGACGUUACUUGCAAGUCAAGGAGAUAGAUAUAGAUAAAUCCCAUGCAGACUGAUUCAUGAAUAAACCUUACUUGCAUGGAUGGAUGGACUUUAUCCCUGAGGGUAAAUGUGGGAAAUUUGUUUUCAGCCUCAUGUUCAGUGGUGAUUACAAACUGCAGCUUUAAUAGAGUCCAGUGUGAGGCGAUGCACAGUGUGUUUGAUCCUGAGGGCCACCGAGAAGAAGAGAAGAAGAGAGCGCUUUGUGAGUGCGUGUUGUUGUGUGUCAUUACGGUACAAGCCCAUAGAGGGUGUGUGUGUGUACAGAAAGGAAAGGCAUCACCGUGUUGUUUCUCCUCUCCUGAUUCUCCAUCUCUCCUGGAGGAGGAUGAGCUCAGUGCUGAUUUUGUUCCCGGUGGAGGAGAGAAGAUGAACGGCUCUCUCUAUAUCUCUUUUUUCCAGGGCCAGCUGGAGUCGGUGCUGGAGCAGGUGGUGCAGCUCGCAGUCACCGAGAUCACAGGCACUGUGGGGGCCAGUCUGGGCUCCAUGCUGCUGGAAACGGCCCGGAAGGAGCAGGAGAACCAGCGGCUCAGAGCCGCCGUGCAGUGCCCGAGCCGCGGCGAGAGAGAGAGCGCGGAGCCCCCCGCCGCCCCCAGACCCGCCGCCGGAGCCCCCAGACCCGCCGCCGGGGCCCCCAGACCCGCCGCCGGGGCCCCCAGACCCGCCGCCGCUCAGCCCGACUCUCACCGCCAGGAGCACAAGAGCCGAGCUGUGGGUCAGCUGAAGGUGGUGAUGGAGCGUGUGCUGGCGUUUGCUGUGUGUGAGCUCAGUAAGCUCGUAGAGGACAGCUUCGAUGAUGUUCUCUUGGAGCUCAGAAAGACCGAGCAGGAGAAUGAGGAGCUGAUGGAGAAGCUGCAUGGUGUGGUGGAGGAGAACGGAGCGGGUGAUAUGGAGAUAAAUGAGUCUCAGGGGGACAGGGCAGGAUCUCCAAACAGCACUGCUGUAGUGAAGGAUGAGGAAGAGCGGGCCACGGAACAGACGCAGAACACUGAGGACUCUGCCCACCAGGCAGUGAUCAGCGUGUCUCAGGACUGGGUCCCGGUGCUGGAUCAGGUGUUUGGUCAGAAGUGGUGCGCUGACGUUUGGCCCGUUAAAGAACCUGGGGACGUUAAAGCGACGCGUUCACGAGUCCCUUCUGGAGAACCAGUGAGGGAAGAAUCCAUACUACCUGGGAAUGACGACAGCCAAUCAGAUCGUCUGCAGUGGCUGAAAGACGCCGAGACCCUGACUGUGACCUUCGACCCUCAACAGACCUCAGAGAUGAACCUGACAGGAGACGAUGUUCAGUUAAAAUCCCCAUCGAUGCUCCAUCGGCUUCUCACACUCCCGUCCCAGCUGUUAGACGACGACAAGUCGAUGGAGUUGGAGAAUGCCAUCACCUUACUGCACGGCGCUCAGACACCUCAUCAUGACACCAGCAGGGGGGAGGAUCGCAAGGAUGGCGCAGGCCUCAAGGAGCAAGAGGAGGAGCAAGAAGAAGUGAAGCCGAGGCCCUGCAAAAGUGCGAAGAAGAACCAUGUGUGUAAAACCUGCGGCAGGAAGUUCAGCCGAGCUCACCUGCUCAAAGCACACUGGCUCACACACAGGGAUGCUCACACACCGUGCUCCAAACCCCACUCCCAUGCGUCCACCAAUUUGGGGAAAAACACAUGAGGGAGAGAGAAAGAGAGAGAGAGAGAGAGGAGUUCCAGAAGUUUCCAAAACCAGGCAUGUGCUGAUAUGCUGUCAUAUCGCAAUCAUUUCUCAACAUUUCAUUACAGCGUUACAGCAGAAGUGUGUUCAGCAGGGCGUGGGGGCGGUGCCCAUGUUCUCAAGACUCAACGACAACUCUGUACUGUGCUGAAUAUCGCGAUUAUCGGCGCACACACCUCCCAUUGUAAACUCAGUGUGUGAAGGUACGUCAAACAGUGCAAGGAAUUUUUCCUCCUCCAGUUCACGUGUGUGUGUGUGUGUGUGUGUGUGUGUGUGUGUGUGUGUGUGUGUGCGCGCUGCAGCAGCUAUGUUGCAGGUAAUUCGAUGAUCUUUCACCAUAUUUUAAUCUUUUAAAUGGAUUCCAGAAGAACCAGAGUGUCAUCCUUGUCUCGGGUUGUGUUUCCAUCCACACGUCCAAGUGGAAAUGAGUUAACCCCUCCUGGGCCGUGUCCCAAAUCAUGUCGUAAUGUUCAGUAGGUGAUGUUUUACUUCUGUGGUGACGUGUUCCAAUACGCCGCUUCAACACAUGGUUUGGAACACGGCGGUUUCCUCUCCGUCUUGCUGUAUUAGAGCGCUGAAUACACCACAGACGGCACACGAAGGAACCUUUGUGAGAAAAUCUCACCACAUAACUCACCCUGCACUCAGGUUCACAGGAGACAUGCUCAAGUCCUGCCCACUUUCACAAGAACAGGACAUUUGAUUGACGCUGCAUAUGGCCAUCACACACCACUGAAGAAGACACUCAUCGUUCUGGAAUGUGUUGCGCGCUCAGUGGCGUUAAACGCAAUCAAAUGGAAACACAAAUUGAGGAGGUCCUGUGACAGGAAGACAUGUCUCACUUCCUUUCUGUUUGUUUUUUUUUUAAUCUGAUGGCAUGAUACGAGAACAAGCAGCUCUAAACAUUUGUUUGAUUGUAAAUAAAUAAUCUCCACAGUCUUGGUUUUUACAGGAAUACCUCGUCACACAGUCUGACUGGAUUUAUCCGAGUGUUGAAUCGGAUCUGAACGACGCAAAUGAAGAUCUCAGUGUUCUGAUUUCUGCACGCCUGGCGAAGCGCAUGACUCAGUCGAUUAGAGAAACACAACUUCAUGAUAAAUCCAUCAUGCAUAUGGAUAUUUAUGCAAAUUUCUAUUAUUACAUCUUAUCAUAAACAUGGAAGUUUAUAUUUCUGGCUCUGGCUUUAUAUGGAUUCCUGCAGAAACGUUGUGCACGAGCGUCGUGUCUUCUUGUUCCACUUCCUGUUCCUACUGUGCUUCAUUUCUGUAGCCAUGUGACCACCACCACAGGGUUUACCACAUUAUUAUUAUUAUUAUUAUUAUUAUUUGUUUUGAACACAUUGUGCUCUGGCAGGCUAGUGCUAACACAACCAGCUAACAUUAGCUACUGAGUUUGAAACAAGCACAUACAUUUAGCAAGAUAAACGUAACCAUGGAAACAACACAAACGACUGUUAAUCGGAGAAGAAACCGUAUACUACAAGACGCCGGUGUCGGUUCUGUUCACCAGGUCAUAUUUCUCUCAACCAACUGAACAUAAUUUGAAGAGUCCAAUAAUAAUAAUAAUAUUAUCGCGAUAUAUCGUAGAGCUGAUUAUCAGCAUGCGCCAGUUUCUGAGUGAGUUUAAUAAUAAAUGACCAGAGAUUACUCCAUGAAUACUCAGAUGUUCUCCUGAUUAAUGAAGAAUGGUGUAAGGGGGAGCUCGGGUUUGUGUAUAAACGGCUUUGAGACUCGGAGCUGAUGUUCACUCAUGCCCCUUUUCCACCAAAGCAGUUCCAGGGCUGGUUCGGGGCCAGUGCUUAGUUUGGAACCGGGUUUUCUGUUUCCACUGACAAAGAACUGGCUCUGGGGCCAGAAAAAACGGUUCCAGGCUAGCACCAACUCUCUGCUGGGCCAGAGGAAAGAACCGCUUACGUCAGCGGGAGGGCGGAGUUGGUAAGACCAACAACAAUAACAAGACCGCGAAAGAUCACCAUUUUUAAGCGACGAGAAGCAGCAGCUGUACAAACGCGAAGUCAUCCGUUAUUAUUAUUGUUGUUGCUGCUGCUGCUUCUUCCAUGUUGUUUUUGCUUCGAUAUUCACGCUAAGGUUUAUGCAAACAUAGCGACGUAACUGACGUAUACAGCGACGUAAUGACAUAUACAGCGACGUAACUGACAUAUACAGUGACGUAAUGACGUGGCUUCCUUUAGCACCGCGAGCUAUGGAAAAGCAAACUGGUUCUCAGCUGGCUCGCAAGUUGAACGAGUUGUGAACCAGCACCGGCCCCGAACCAGCCCUGGAACUGAUUUGGUGGAAAAGAGGCAACUGACUGUUAAGCUACAGUUACACUACAGCUCACGAUACUUUGCGAGGGUUAUCGAUGAAAAUGAGGUGUUCUGGCGGCGAUGCUUGGCGACAUACAGGUGAGCUAAAAGUUGUGGUCACACAGCAGGUGAUCACUUGACUAUCAUGCCUUCGUGCGCUCGAACGGCCGCGCUCGCUCACAGGACCCAAUCAUUAUGGGAAACACCUGAUGCUGACUUGAGCACAAUCAGAACGCGUGUAUAAGGACCCUGUUUUCACAGAGAUGAUGCGAGGUAUUCUCAUGGUCGCGCUUGUUUCUAGCCAGGUUUAUGACUCUGCUUUCUGCUUCAUUUGUGUUUUGUUACUCUGACCUAAUAUCAUGCCUGCUAAUAAACACUCUUCCUGCACUUAGAUCCAUGUACUGCUGCAUACCUGACACAACACUUCACAAAGUCUCUGUGAAAACAGUACCCUUACAUGCCCAUGCUGAUUUCGCUCAAACCAGCAUCAGGUGUUUCCCAUAAUGACUGGCUCCCAAGUACACGCACAACACACUCCGAAGGAUCCCCGAACGUGAAUGCACUUUUUAAGUCUUGGGGAAGGUUAGGCUGUGCCGAGCUGCUGUGUUGUUGAGGCUCCCGCGAGUAUCAAGGACAUGGAUUUGAGACAAAUACAUCUCAAGAUGCUCUAUAGAGGUUCUCUGAGUUUUGGGAAGUAUUCCCAAACCCAUCUGCAAGGAUUCGCUGCUUAGUUUGCCAACAAAAAGAUCGCCACCAAAUUUCAGUGCAUGCUUUUACAAAUGUCAUGAUGUUUUUGGCCACAUACGAGGUGGAGACACCAAAAAACAACUUGCAAAGCUCAGAGACCAUUCAACAUGUGUCACAUGAUUAGUGGCGAUGCUACCGAUUUUUCAUCAAGUAUUUGCAAAGCCAUCGCCAGCUGUAGUGUGAGCAGGGCUUUAGAGAAACUGGGGCUGGAGGAGGAUGAUGACGUGACGGAGAUCAGAUCACGAUGCUCUGAAACAUUUCUGCAAUACACUGCAUGUAUCACGAUAUACAGUAUGUAUUGUGAACAAUUUCACAGUAAAAAAAAAACCUGUUCAAUACUUUUGUUAAUAAUGUUUUUUUAAUAACAUUUUUCAGUUAUUUUAGAUUUUUGUGAAUCUGCUUCCAUGUAGUUUGUAAUUAUAUUAAAAAGAGCAACAAAAAUAAGAAAAAGAUCAACAGAGUAUCAGGAAAUCUCAGAACAGUACGUUGUGACUGUAAUUUAUCACGAUAUUGAUAUUUUAUCUUUGUAUUGCUGAGCUCUAACUUCCAGUGAAGGGACAAAAUGUAGAUUAUUUACAUUUUUGUGUUUUUGAUGUUUUGAUGAGUUUUGUGUUAUAACUGUGGAGCUGUAACGAUGCAUCACUAUAACGUGAACGUCACGCUAUCGAGAUAUAUUUUAUGAAUGUUACCAGUGAUGAUGAUGUAAUGGAUUAAAGCGUGUUGUUACAGCACUGUUAUAACGGAGCGUUUUGCACUUUCAGUUCUUCACACAGCUGUACCUCACUGUGGCGUAACGUUGGCGUCGCUCAUUACCUCAGAACACACACUUAUUACUUCAGCAUCAUGUUUAUUAUUGUUAUUUUUUAGCUCAUUUAUGUUUGUAUGGUUUUAUAAAAAUGUCACUGGGGUAUCAGACGGAGGAAACACCGUGGAAACAUUCCACCGUAUCUGCACCAGACUUUUAUAAUCCACCAAAACAUCCAGGAGCAUGUGAGUGACGUCUCAGUGCUUCAGUCACAAAUCUAAAAAAGCCCAAUGAUAUUUUAUUCUGUACAGAUUUUUUUUUGUAUUCUUUAAUCCUUACUAAUUGUGAUUUAUUCCAAUUUUGAGUUUUAUUACAAUAUUCUUUAGGAGAAAAAUAUCCAUGUUAGUUUUUUUUUUUUAAAUAAAAAAAAAUUAACCCAUUUAUCCAAAUACAGGAAUUUUAAAAGGGGAAAAAUGUGAGAUUAUUUAAAAACAUGUAAAUAACUAUGCGAUGGUGCAGAAAACUGAAAACAGUUGAAUGUUACCUGAGGAACAUUCGACUGUUUUCAGUUUUUUUUAAUAUUUGCACAAAAUGAGGAGACGAGAGGGAUUCCAGCUAUUAACCAAAUUUAUCUUUAUGUUUUUCCUCCUUUUCGUUUCUUUUCCCCUCAAAAUGAUUGCGGUUGUUCAUAUCUGUUUAAACAUUGUACUUUAAUAUACACAGUCUCCUCCAAAAGUAUUGGGACAGUAAUGCCAGUUCCUGUUUUUGUUCCACACUGAAGACACUUGGGGUUUGAAGAUGGGACGAUGGAUCAGAAUUUCUACAAAUUAUAAAAUGGCACCUUUUGUUUGACCCCUCCCAUUCUCCAAGUGAUCAAAAAUAUUGGACCGUUUGGGUGAUGGUAUCAGCAGAAUGAAUUUAGACAUCUACAGAGACGUUCUGUCUGAUAAUUUACACAGAAGUGCAUCCGAUCUAACUGGGAGGAGCUGUCUGGUUGGAGUUUCAUCGCAUUGCUCCUGUGGAGGACGGCCCCAUGAGGACAGUUGAAAGUCACACUUGGAAGAUGCUCUGGACUCUUACAGUAAUGCUUUUAUGGCUGAAGACUACAGUUGACUUGCUAACUUUAGGACUGCAGUUGUCAUGAACAGUUUUGCACUCAAGUUUCCAUCAAUGAAGAGUUUAUAACAUCAACGAAACUGACUUCAUGUUAAAACUGUUAAUGUUAUAGUCAUGCUGUCUGUUGUUGCCCAAAUGAGGAUGGGUUCCCUUUUGGGUCUGGUUCCUCUCGAGGUUUCUUUCUCAUGUCAUCUGAGGGAGUUUUUCCUUGCUACCGUUGCCAUGGGCUUGCUCAUUGGGGAUAGAUUAGGGAUAAAAUUAGCUCAUGUCUUGGGUCAUUCAGAUUCUGUAAAGCUGCUUUGGGACAAUGUCUAUUGUUAAAAGCGCUAUACAAACAAACUUGACUUGACUUGAUCAUGCAGCAAGACAACGGAGGACUUCAUCAGGGGGAACAGUGGAAGGGUUUAGACUGGAGAAGUCCAUCAGCAGACCUGAACCCACCUGAGAGAAGGAGCUGCAGUACAAAUCUGGAAAAGCAUCACAAAGACUGCAGCAGUUUGGUGAUGUCAGAGGGUCACUGGCUCAAUGCAGUUACUGCAAACAGGGGAUACGCAUCACAUAUUAAGUUUAUUUACUUUCAUACUAUCUGUUCCAAUACUUUUGCCCACAAAAUUGGGUAGUCUGCCACCAAAGGCGUCAUGUUCUAAGCUGUUGAACACCUCUAGAUGUAAAUGUAAUUAAAUGAAAGUUGAAAUGCUGAUCUAUUAUCUCAUCUUUUGAUCUUAAACCCAGAUCUCCUCCAUGUAAACCACUCACUAUAGAUUUAAUGAACUGCAUUAACAGUGAGAUACUCAAUGAGUUCUGAGUAAUGAAGCCACGGUUUUACUGACAAAGUGCCCUCGAAUGAAGGAGUGUGUUUUUGUAACAAAUCUUUUUUUCCCUCAUUUUGAUUUUUAAAAUUUUUUUGUUGGAAUGUGGGUAAUUAAUUGUGUGAAAAAUGAAUAAAUGAAUUAUGUAUAAACUAAACAUAUUGUCCUCACAGUGCUCUCUGAUUAUUUUUUAUUGUAUCUUCAGUCUUUGUGGAAUAAUAAAGGUACUAAAUUGGA